AUGGCUGCCAAGGUCGUCGCGCCCAUCGUGGCAGUGUGCGCGUUGAUCGGAGUGCUGCUCGUGGCAGCCCCAUGGCAUGUGGAGAGUGCUGAGAUUGCAUCUGAAGGUACGCACUCUCUUCACGCGCUCUCUUACCUUUCCUCCCCGUUCCUAGCGGUAUUCUGCAGCGACAUGCAACUGCUGCACUUCCCAGCAACCAUUUUGCCUAAAGAAGGGGAAGAAGGGCGGAAGCGGUUCCACUCCGGCCACUCCCGCCACUCCCCCGCCAACUACCACCGGAAAGAAGGGCGGACACAAGAACUGGACCGCCCCUGCCACCCCCACCCCUGCCGUGCCCGCGCCUGCUACGAGCGGAAAGAAGGGCGGAAAGAAGGGCGCCAACUCAGGCGCUGGCGCUGGCGGGUCCGCGCCCGUGGUGGUGAGCAAGGCGGACCAGAAGAUCCAGUCUCAGCUCACGACGGCCACGAGCGGAGUGCAGAAGGCGGCGGACACGCUACGUACUACACGAGCCUCACCGCGACGGUGCAGGCGCUGACGAACGCGGGCAUUCUCAUCGACGAGGGGCAGCGCACGAUCGUCCAGGGGCAGAUCGCCAACGCCGUCUCCACCAUCGAGCGUCUCCGUUAUGCUCGACCCCGUUAA